AUGUCUAACAGACACCAAUUGCUGACGCGGUCUUUCGCGCCAGUAAAAGGCUUAGACCGCUAUGACGCAGCCAUUUUCGAUUCCGCAUUUGCGUCGGAAGAUGUGACACUCGAAGUGCCACACCGAAACAUGAAACUUAUUGGUCUAUCUGACAUACGCAAAAACAUGCUCGACUCACUUGGGCCGUUGGAUACAACGCACAUGAUUAGCAACAUUCGCGUUCAGGUUGAAAAUGGGGCCGAUGCAGCCUCACUUACGGCCUACGCCUUAGCACAGCAUUGCCCAGCUGGAAAGGCAGAGAUCCAGAGAGCCCUAAGUUCCUAG